AUGGCUAACAAGAAACAAGAAAAGCUCAUUUUCGACACCUUAGCUGAAGACCAAAAGGAUUUCUUCAUCCAAAAUUUGGAAAAGAAGGUUAGAAACAUUAACAAAAAGCUUAAGGAAAUCUAACAACUCGAGAAGGAUAGAAAGGAAGGAAAGGAACUCAAGGAAUCUCAACUUUAAAAGAUUGCCUCCAAGGAUGAACACAACAAUAAGAAAAAGGAAUUAGAAGGUAUUGCAAAACUUUACUUAGAAGCUAAGGCUGAAGCCGCCACUGAAAAGAAGGAAGAAACCCAAGCUGAAACUACCACCACUACUGGUAGCGCUGAAGUCGUUUCCCAACUCGUCAAUUUAUUCUUUGCCGGUUAAUACGCUUUCCAAUUCAACAGCAACCCCGAUCUCGCUGUCUUCUUCUCUGGUGUUUUCAAUCACGUUGGUCCCAACAGAGUUUCUCACGCCAUCACUGAAUUGAACAGCUAUCUUGCUGGAUCUAACCCCGCUCUCCAAGCUUAGGUUAUUCAAGUCGUUGCUUCCGAAAGCUUCAACACUUAAACUCCUUAAGUUGCUGACGAAGAAAAGACUGAAACUCACGCCCAAGUUAAUCACGAAACUGUUGAAGAACCCGCCCAAACCUAACAUCAAGAUGAAGCCCACUAAUCUAACGAACACGUUCAUCACCACCACCAUAUUCACCACCAUCACCACGUCCACCACGAAGAAGGAUAAGAAUAACACGAAAAGCACGAACACCAUGCUCAUCAUGAAGAAAAGCACCACGAACACCAUGCUCACCACGAACACACUGAAUAAAAGCACGAAACCGCUGAACACACUGCUACCGAAUAAUAACACGUUGAAGGUGAAACCGCCGUUGUUGAAGGUGAAGAAAAUAAGGAACACACUGGUGAAAAGAAGCACUACAAGAAGAACUACCCAAGAAGAAACAACUCUGGUGGUCAAAGAAAGCCCAGAGAACACAAGGAAGGUGAAACUCACUAACACCAAGGUGGCGAAAGUGGAGAACGUAAGAGAGGUGGCAGACCUUAUCACAACGGUCCCAGACACGGUGGUAACAGAUCCAACAACAAGAGACCUCAAAAUGAAGGUGAAUAAGUUUAACAUGAAAAUGAAAACGAAAACACUGCUAACACUAACACCAACACCGUUAACAACGAAGGCUGGAACGUUGUUACCAAGGGUCCCCAAAAACCUGAACACAAGCCCAGAACCAGAGAAGGUGGUAACAAUCACUACAACAACCAUCACCAUCACAACAAAGAAGGCAACAACAAUGGCAAUAACAAUAAUAACAAUUUCUAAAAGAGAGGUGACGGACAAAAGAGACCUAACCACUCUGGAAAUAAGAGACCCUACAACAAGGAUAGACCCCAAGGUGAACAAACUCAAGGUCAACAUCAAUACGUUCGCAAGGAAAAGACUACCAAUGAAGCCACUGAACAACCUGCCUAAAAUUGA